GCUGGGAUAGCUAUCCUCUCCUGUCUGAGUGGAUGAGGCUGCGCUGCAGGUGACAUCGUGAAGGCACAGAGAGAGAGAGAGAGAGAUAGCGACCGUGACACAUCCCUCCCCGCUCCCCUCGUCGCUGGGACACCGCUGGGUGUGAUGACAGGUAGCCUCUGGGCAAAAUGACACACAGGCUCAGGGUGUCACUGCUGCUGGAUCUGCCUCUCCUCUUCCUGCUGUUUCUGAAUUCCUGCCAAAGACACGCAGCCAUCAAGAUACCGACACAAUAUAAAUUGCUGGAAGAUCUGAAGCAGCCGCCAGUAAUUACAGAGCAGACCACAGCGAACUACACUGUCUUCCCCACCGACGAUAUCGUCCUGAAAUGUGAAGGGAAGGGGGUGCCUCCACCUGAGUUCCGCUGGACGAAGGACGGGACGCUGUUCGAUCCGGCCAGCGAUCCCCGGGCGACGAUGAACUCCAGUUCCGGCACGGUGGUGAUUGCCACCUCAGCUAAUGGGGUCUCCAUCCGGCAGUAUCAGGGCUCCUACCGAUGUUACGUCAGCAAUGACUAUGGCACCGCCAUCUCCACCAACAUUAACCUGGUUACAGAGAGUACCCCGAAGUGGCCGAAGGAGAGUGUGCGACACUUCAAUAAAGAGGCCGGAGAAUCCCUGGUGCUGCAGUGUAACCCUCCGACCAGUAUGGCCUCCUCCAUGAUCAUCUGGAUGACCAGUAAGCUGUUCAACAUCAAACUGAGCCAGCGCGUUUCCCAGGGACUGAAUGGGAAUCUGUACUUCUCCAACCUGGAGGUGGAGGACAGCUUGGAGGAUUAUACCUGCUACGCCCAGAUCCCGGGCACCAGGACCAUCAUUCAGAAAGAGCCCAUCGCCCUGCAGGUGGCACCAUCGAACUCUGUCAGGUAUCGGAAACCGCGUCUGAUGUUCCCGACCGGACACAGCAGCUCGAAGCUGGCUCUGAGGAGUAGGCCAUUGUAUCUGGAGUGUAUCGCAGAGGGAUUCCCCACUCCCAGCGUGCACUGGCACCGUCUGGACGGGGACUUACCCCGGGACCGGAUCAGCUACGAAAACUUCAACAAGACGCUGCGUCUGGGCGAUGUGGUAGAGGACGAUGACGGGGAGUACCGCUGCGUUGUGAGGAACGGCCAGGGCCAGGUGCAGCACACCUUCCACGUCUCUGUUGAGGCUGCUCCGUACUGGGUGAAGAAGCCGGAGGAUGGGAUCUACGGUCCCGGGGAGAACGUGCGGCUGGACUGCGAUGUGGACGCCAAGCCCGAGGCACAGAUCCGCUGGAGGGUUAACGGGGUGCUGCUGAGCGAGGUGGACGAGACCCCAUCCCGGACGGAGUCGGGACACGUCCUGAUCCUGAGCAACAUUCAGAAAGAGGACACAGCCAUCUAUCAGUGCGAGGCUGAGAACCAACAUGGCAGCGUCCUGGCCAACAUCAUCGUCCAGGUCAUCGAGUUGCCCGCCCAGAUCCUGACCCCUUCCGACAAGGAGUACAGAGUCGUGGAGAAACAGACGGCCAACCUUCACUGCAGAGCGUUCGGUGCUCCCACUCCCACCAUCCUCUGGACCAAAGAAGGGGUGGAGGCGGUUUUGCAGGAUCACCGGUAUUUCGUGAACACCAACGGGACGCUCCGUAUCAACGCCACACGCAAGGCAGACGCUGGGAUCUUCACCUGCAACGCGUCGAACACCGUCGGAGCGGACAGCAUCACAGCCACUCUGACUGUCAAGAAUGCGAGUCAGAUUAUUGAGCGUCCGACAGACCAGCACAUUCAGAGGCGGCACCCGGUGGUGUUCCGUUGCCUGGUGAGGGUCGACCCCAGCCUGUACCCGCCCUCACUGCAGUGGGAAAAGGACGGGAACGCCAUCGAUGAGUCCGACGACGACCAGAGCAAGUAUCACAUCUGGGAGGACCAUUUGAAGAUCAAGCAGGUGGAGUUUGAGGAUGAAGGCAGUUACACGUGUAUUGCCAAGACAACGCUGGACACUGUCAGAGCGAGAGCUCAGCUCAUUGUGGUCGGGAGGGGCAGGACCAGGAAACGGGCUCCCAGCAGCCCCCAGUUCCCGCCGUCCCACGAUGCACCUGGAAUCCGCUCAUCUAAGAAGCCACAGGCCUUGCAGAAGACCGUCCCUUUCCCCGGCUGGCUCCCGUUGUCCGCGGGCAGGCGCGGGGUGGGGGGGGGGGAGCGGUCAGAGGCCGCUGGCGCGUCCCCGGUGCCCGCCCCGUGA